AUGUUUCGCGACCAUUUCCAUAUUCUGGUGAUAGUAGCUUUAUGCUUUGGCCAUUUUGUCAAUAUGGCAGCUACCCCUCAUGUCAUGCCGGGCAUAAAGAAUGCGAGUAAUGACGGGAAAAAUCGCAAUGCUAUUCUGAAUGAUGCCGGUCACAUUGUGUCGAAGAGGUUUGCGGAAGUGGAGGUUCCAGCUGGGCAUCAAGAUCAAACUAGAGAUCUCUUUAUUCGCCUGAUAAAUCAGUCGUUUUUGAAAAUAUUUGGAAACGAUGGGGCACCUGCAGUCAACAGUGAAGGCGUGAAGACGUCAAAGGCAUGGCUAGGUCAAAGAAAGGUAGGUCUUGCUGUAUUUCUGAGGUUGUUACUGGCUACUGAUUUAGGUCUUGGAGAGAUUACUGGUACCAUCGGGACGCUAAGCGUCAUCCCCAUCGCUUCAGCGCUGAAAUCAUGGAUUGUAGGACUCUGA